AUGGAGGCCAUAAUCAAACCUGCUCCCCAGCCCAAGACGGCCCUUGGUCGAUACCGAAUGCUAUCUCCGACUGCAGCUGUUCGAGUGAGUCCUCUAUGCUUAGGUGCAAUGAACUUCGGAGAUGCAUGGACCGCUUGGCUUGGAGCCUGCGAUCAAAAGACCACCGAGAGCAUUCUUGAUUUCUUCUAUGAGAGUGGCGGCAACUUUGUCGACACAGCCAACCACUACCAAGCAGGACAGUCAGAGCAAUGGAUCGGAGAAUGGAUGAAGAAGCGUGGUGUUCGCGACCAGAUUGUUCUCGCCACAAAGUACUCAUCUGCCUUUCGCAUUGGACACGGGCACGAAGAAAUCAUCGCCAACACUGUCGGCAAUGGCUCGAAAAGUCUUCGUGUCUCGCUUGAAAACAGUCUGAAGAAUCUCCAGACAUCUUAUGUUGACUUGCUCUGGGUUCACUAUUGGGACUUCACCUGCUCCAUUCCCGAGAUGAUGAACUCACUCAACGACACCAUUACCUCCGGCAAAGUUAUAUACAUCGGCGCAUCCGACAUCCCUGCCUGGAUCGUUUCCAAGGCAAACCAGUACGCGCGCGAUCACGGCUUGCGGCAAUUCUCUGUCUAUCAGGGGCGCUGGAGUGCCGCCGAUCGUGAUUUCGAGCGAGAAAUCAUCCCAAUGACGAUCUCCGAGAACAUGGGCAUCGCACCCUGGGGUUCACUUGGUGGUGGGAAAUUCAAGACUGAGGAACAGCGAAAGGCAAACCAAGGUCGAAACAUCGGCGAGGUGGACGAAAACUCUAUUAAGGUCUCCCGGGCUCUGGAAGUUAUCGCUAAGAAGAAAAAUACGCUGAUCACGAGCGUGGCGCUGGCUUAUGUGAUGCACAAGGUUCCUUAUGUGUUUCCGAUCGUGGGAGGUAGGAGUCUGGAGCAUUUGAAGGGCAAUAUCCAGGCCUUGAAUUUGGUGCUGGAGAAAGAAGAUAUUGAUUACAUUGAGGCAGCUGCUCCGUUUGAUAUAGGAUUCCCACUUUCUAUGAUUGGAAGGGGCCCGGAAGAGAGUAUUUGGGAAGAUCUUGGUGCCCACGUUGAUCACGUGGAACUGCUUAAGCCAAUCGUUCCACACAACUAG